UAACCCUCCAAGCAGUGUGGGACUGUGCUGGUCCAAUGUGCUUAAGAUCUAGAUGGCGCAGAUGCAGGUGCGGAAAAGGGCCCGACCUGACUGUUGAUUUCAAGGUGGGAUUUUAAUUAUUAUUUCGUUGAAAAUCUCGCUUUCACAUUUCCCCUCCUUCAUUCUCUUUCUCACUCUCUCCUGAUUUUAUGUCCUAUUUUCUUCUUCUAUAUUAUUGUUCUAUUUGCAUUUUGGGGAGAUUUUCGCCUUUGGUUUUGAUUUUGAUUGUGGAGCCGAACUCAGCCAGCAAGGAGAGGGGAAUGGCCCAACUCAGCGCAAGACGUAUGUGCUCUUUUAUCCGAAGGAUUGACGAAUUGUCAUUUGUCUUCCUGUUGUUGCCCUCUCACAGGCUGGCCCAUCUUACCCUUUUGUGCGCUACCUACCUACCUAGAACACACAGCCGUGCAGCCGUUCGAAGAGGGCCAAUGGGGUGCUUUAGUUUCGAUAAAGGCAUAUUCCCUGUGUCGGCUCAGUAGAGGAGCCACGGCCUACUUGAUACCAACUACUAUGUAAAUUUGCGACUGAACAAUUCGCUAUAAUCAACACACUGAGUAUGAUUCUAGCUUCAAACCCUCUCUCUCUCUCACUUAUCUGUUUCCUUCUUCUCCACGCUCCUUGGCCAAGACAUGCCUAUACUAUAGAUGUCCCCACUCCACGCACUACUAGAGAUUUGCAUCGCAGAGUAUCGUAACUCAGCCCCAAUGUUAGUCCUAGUAGUGCGGCACGCCAAUGCUCUGCAAGAUAAGGUUAACAAUACUGAGGAACCCCUCGCCAAGAAUGAAUCCCUAAGGAAAAAAUGCAUUAGUCGCGCGUCUCAUCAUGCGCAGUUUCCAGAUGCACUUACCGAAGCCAAUACAAUCAACGGC